AUACAAUCUCCUGGGUCGCUACAAAAUUCGACAUUAAGUACGAAACUCUACGACGAAACCGAGUAUUGACUCCUGCACAAGAUGCUGCAAUUUGCCAAUUUGCCAAUUUAUACAUGACCAACUCGAGCGUAGUAUUCCUGCAAAUCGGAGUACGCUACUACAAGCUGUCGCAGACUUGCGACCAGGCAAAGAGCUGCCCUCUCGACGCUGGCUUCAACAGUUCCUUAAAGCCCACCCUGAAUUCCACUCUAUUCGUACAAAGGCAUUAAAUACUCUGCGAAAGCAAGCCCAGAAUCGGUCAAAUUUCGAGGGCUUCUUUAUGAAGUAUAAUGCGAUUAUUACAAAAUAUAAUAUCAAGCCAUGCAAUCUCUGGAACUUUGAUGAGACAGGUUACAUGAUUGGAUGCUAUCGGUCUACAGAUUGGAUUGUAAAUAAUCCUGAUAAUCGACUCUCUGUUACUGUCAUCGAAGCUAUAAAUGCUGAAGGAUAUGCACUUCCUGAGUGUAUCAUGGUAUGAUAAUCUUGAGCCUGACACUCUUGUAAUCGUUAAUGACAGUGGAUAUACGAAUGAUGCGGUUGGAAUUCAAUAUCUACACCACUUUAUUCAACAUUCAGCAGCGUACUCAUCAUGUAAUGAGACUCGACUAUUGAUAGUUGACGGUCACGAUUCACAUAAAACUGGGCAGUUUAUCACAAUAGCAGAAGAAUACAAUGUUAUUCCAUGUGCGCUUCCACCUCAUACAACACAUCUGCUUCAGCCGCUUGAUGUUGAAGUUUUCCAACAGUGCCAGCACUUCCAUCAAAAGGCUCUUGAUAAAGCAGUCCGGAGUUUUGAUUACGAGUAUAAACUUCCAACAUUCCUCUCUGAUCUACCGUAUAUUCGCAACCGGUCAUUGACUGUAAAGACCAUACAGUCAGGGUGGAGAGAAGCUGGGCUUUGGCAAAGCAGAGCGUAAGCGUGUUGCAGACCGUAAAGCAAAUGGUUUGAAGUCGCUUGUAGUGGUCUUACAGUAUAAGGCAUACAAGAGUAGCGACGACGAAGAUGAGAAUGAGUCGGUACAAAGUUUAGAUGGUGAAAAUAGCUCUGUUAAUUUUGUAUUGUUCAGGUAGUUAU